AUGGAUGGAAUCGGUGAAGCUGUAUUUGAAGACAAAAUGUCGGACAUUCAGAAAAGUGUCUUGAAAUCAGAACAUGUCUAUGAUGCAAAGGUAGUGUAUUUCAUGAGCCGUGACUGGAUCUGA